UAUAUAUAAAGGUAUAGGCAGUCGCGUUAUUUCAUUUCACUGAUAGUGAACUGGGAUUCGGAUUUGUUCACUACCGCAGCGACGUGAGAGUUGUUGAAAACGCCGGAUUUAACCACGAGUCUCCUAAUACCGUAGCUCAGUUCUUCGUCAAACACUGUAAAGGUUUAAUUAUACUUUCUGGUUGGAGAGAGAAGGACGGCUUAGAGAACGGACAGAGAUAGUCGAGUGAAGAAGUACAGACAGGCGCCCCCCGAAAAUACUAGACCUUUUUUUUGCUGGUCUCUCAAGAUCAAGUACCUACUCCGGUUUAAACGGAUCCAACAAGUGUGUGAUAAUUUAUUGACUGUUCUUCAGAGACUUACAACAUUUUAUUUCUUUUAAUUUUGACUUUUAUUGAACACCGAACAAGCAAAGAUGGUCAUCCAGACUACCAAACAAUGCGCCUGCAGAUGGGUUCUUCAGCAUCAGCACAAAUUGAAGCAAGUUGCAAGGAGUUGCCAUUUGAAAGUCAAGGAGGCUCUGGGAGUUGAUGACAUCAGGGAUUAUGACAGCGAGUACAGUUUUAAAUAUACCGAUUUAUCGACGACACUUGCUGAACCUAGCCAAUUGCGGAUGAAACCAGAUGUGGCUGACCUGAAAUUUGGACACAUCUUCACGGAUCAUAUGUUAAAGAUCUUCUACCACAAGGCUCUAGGAGGAUGGCAAAAGCCAGAGAUUAUCCCGUUCGAAAACAUCUCCCUUCAUCCUGCCGCCAAAGUGCUUCAUUACGCAAUCGAAUUGUUCGAAGGUAUGAAAGCUUACAGAGGUGUCGAUGGAAGGAUCAGGGUGUUCCGUCCAGAUCUGAACAUGCAGCGCAUGAACUUAUCAGCAAAGGGAUCCGGUCUACCUACAUUCGACGGAAUGGAACUCAUCAAGACCAUCAACAAACUUUUAACCAUCGACCAAGAAUGGGUACCACACAGCGAAGCCUCCAGUUUGUACAUCAGGCCCACUCUUAUAGGAAUAGACGGAACUCUGGGUGUGUCGCAAUCAGAAUCAGCAUUGCUUUAUACAAUCCUGUGUCCAGUUGGAGCAUACUUUUCUGGAGGAAAUGAAUCCGUGUCCCUUUUAGCUGAUCCUUCUUACACUAGGGCAUGGCCAGGCGGCUGUGGUGAUAGGAAGAUGGGUUCCAAUUAUGGUCCUACAAUCAGGGUUCAGAAGCAGGCUACCAGCCAAGGAAAGCAGCAGGUUCUUUGGUUGUACGGUGACGACCAUCAGCUCACCGAAGUUGGUACCAUGAACAUCUUCGCCUUUUACGUAGCGGAAAACGGAAAGAAAGUCUUGGCCACUCCACCCCUUAACGGCCUGAUCCUUCCAGGAGUCACCAGACACUCCAUCCUGCAAUUAGCGCAGGAAUGGAACGAGUUCGAAGUGGUAGAGAGGAUUUUAACAAUGCAGGACGUCAUUAAAAUGCAAAAGGAAAAUAGAUUAUUGGAACUCUUCGGUUCCGGCACCGCGUGCAUCGUAAGUCCCAUCCAUUCCGUUGACUACAUGGGUACGGAGAUCCCAAUUCCAACCAUGGAACAUGCGAAGCCAGUAUUCCGUAGGAUUCUGGACCGUUUGACGGCCAUCCAGUACGGCCACGUGGAGCAUCCGUGGGCUCACAUUAUCGACCAAGAAUGACGAAUGCGCAGCAGAAAAUAUCUGAAAGAGAAAAGCGAAUUUUGGGAAAAUGCCAAAAAAAAAACUAUAUAACGAGAGAAAAAAAAAAUUGAAAAUCAUUUCCUGAUCUUCGUAAUAACCUUCUGUCUGUGUUACUAAUUUUAAAAAAAAGUUUUGUUUUUUUUUCUAUAUAUAUAUUAUUAUAAAUAUGUAUAUUGAAUAUUGCAAAUGAAGAUAGUGUAAAUUUAAUAUAGAAUUUGAGCGGUUAGCGGAAUACGAAAAAGAGGAACGUCCUCUCUCAUCCUAGAGAAACGAUGGAAAUUGUCAAUCUACAAGAACCUUACAUACACGAUGUGUAUGUAAUCGAUGCUUUAGAAUAAAUCAAUUCGAAUGUAGCUAGUAAUUUAUUUUUUUUUAUAUAAAGUUUCUCUUUUUUUAUUUUUAUUUUUUUUGUUUAAUUAUAAAACGUUGUUCACCAAGUUUG